AUGACGAUGGAUUUGUCAGACCUUCCUUUCCCUCUCUCUCCAACCAAUGACCUUUACGAUGACCCCUGCUUCAGCACCAGUGACCUGAACUUUUUCGAUGACCUGGACGCCCGGCUCUUGCACGCCGGCCUAGUGAAGCCAGGGGACCACCAUCAACACCACCACGUGCCCAAGGACGAGCAUGUGAGGGCCCCGGGGGCCCCCCACCAGGCGGGACACUGCCUGCUGUGGGCCUGCAAGGCCUGCAAGACCAAGACCACUCACGAGGACAGAAGAAAAGCAGCGACCGUGAGAGAAAGACGUCGGCUCGGCAAAGUGAACACCGCCUUCGAGAACCUGAAGCGCUGCACUGCCUCCAAUCCCAACCAGCGGCUGCCCAAAGUGGAGAUCCUGCGCAACGCCAUCAGCUACAUCGAGUCGCUGCAGGCGCUGCUGAGGACGGGCCGGGACGACAGCUUCUACCCGCCGCUGGAACACUACAGCGCCGACUCGGACGCCUCCAGCCCCCGCUCCAACUGCUCCGAUGGCACGGUGGAUUUCAUGUCUCCGUGUUCAACCAGAAGUGAAAACAGUGACGGUUCCUACUGCAGUCAGACAGACGAUUCCAGCAGCUCUAAACCGUCCUACAUCUCUAGUUUGGACUGUUUGUCCAGCAUCGUAGAGCGGAUCAGCACGGACCCAGCUGUGGCCCCCCCGGGAGACAGCGUGGUUCCCCGGGGUCCUGGAUCACCUGUGAACAGCCCUGCUGGCUCCAGGCCCUCGGCCGAACCCAGCAGCAUGUACGAGCCGCUCUGA